GUUCUCUUUGCCGCGAGCGAGCUGGGAGUGUUUGAGGUCCUCGCGGAGGCCCCGGGGCCACUGGCAUCGGAUGCAGUGGCCGCCCGUCUGGGUACCAGCUCCCGGGGGACCGAGCUGCUAUUGGACACCUGUGUGUCCCUCAAAGAAGGGAAGAACCAGUAUCUGAAGGCCUUUGGGGUUCCCUCAGAGCAGCUCUUUACCGCCAUCUACAGGUCCGAGGGGGAGCGGCUGCUGUUCAUGGGAGCCCUGCAGGACGUCUGGAGCGUCCAGGGGAGCUGUGUGCUGGCUGCCUUCGACCUGUCUCCAUUCCCGCUCGUCUGUGACCUCGGGGGCGGCUCUGGGGCUCUGGCCAAGGAGUGUGUUUCUCUGUACCCGGGCUGUCGGGUCACCGUGUUCGACCUCCCGUCCGUGGUGCAGACGGCCAAGGAUCACUUCCUGUCCCCCGAGGAAGGACGCAUCGGCGUCCACGAAGGCGAUUUCUUUAAGGACCCUCUCCCGGCGGCCGAUCUCUACAUCCUGGCCCGGGUCCUGCACGACUGGCCCGAUGAGAGAUGCUCUCACCUGCUGGCGAGAGUCUAUGAGGCCUGCAAGCCAGGUGGUGGGGUCCUGGUCGUCGAGAGCCUCCUGGACCCCGACGGGCGGGGACCUCUGACCACACAGCUGUACUCGCUGAACAUGCUGGUGCAGACGGAGGGCCGGGAGCGGACCCCCGGCCAGUACCGGGCUCUCCUGGCUGCGGCCGGCUUCGGGGACGUCCAGUGCAAGAGGACCCCGGGCACGUACGGUGCCAUCCUGGCCAGGAAGUAGCGCCCCCUACGGGUGUGCUGCUGCUACUGACAUGCAAAAGUAGUCACCAGUGUUGCUCAGUGGUUAGAGCAUCGACCUGUGUACCAGGAGGUCAGAGUUC